AUGAGGCCUCAACCGAAUUUGAGCGAGCUGAUAAGGGCUCAGCUAAGUCUCCCGAGGGCCGAUCCUCCGCGCUUGGCGGCGCCAGUUGUCGAGAGCCCCCCACCGGUUGUCUCGAGGGACGGAUCCCCGGCUCAUGGUGAAGACUCUCGGACUGAGGGCCCAGCCGCAGAUGUUCGGCAGGCCGCUGAGGUUCCUGAGGAUGCUCCGGUGAUAACUCCCGGUCCUUUGAAGAAAAAGGGAAAAAAGAGAUCCCGGCGCGAUUCUUCGGCUGAAGGGGAUCAAGAGGAUGAGCAUGUCGAUCAUCCGGAGACCGAGGGCCCUCCUAAGAAGAAGAAGAAAAAAGGAACCAAAGCUGGCGAAGGGCCGCUUUCGCAGGAGAGGACCGGAUCUCGGGAGGGUGACAGUGAGGAUGUGGUUGCCGAUCCUUCAGGAGGGGCAGAAGACGAUUCUCCCGAGGCGCAGCUAUUACUGAACAGGAAAAAGAAGAAGGCGGGCCCUAGUGAGGGAGAUGUUCAAAGCGAGGAUCCGCCAGCUCUAGCCUCUACGACGGCCCCGAUUCAGCCAUCUACUUCUAAGGCUCCAGCUGUGCGAAACUCCGCCCCGCCUUCCGUCCCGAGAAGAGGUCCUCCGGAGUUCCCAGAUAAGGUGCGCUUUGAGUACGACGGGAUGACCCCCCUCAUCUAUGCUCCGGACAAAUGCGCGGAGUUGAUGAGUCAGAUUAACGGUGGUCCCCGCCCAUUGCUUCUGAGCGAUCUUAUCUUCAAGAAGGAGUAUACUGAUGCUGCUCAAGCCAAGCUUCGGGGUGACGGGAGCAUGAACUUCGUCGUAGAGUUGUACGAUACCGAGCUCAAGACGACCCGCACCAAGUUACGGCGCUCCGAGAAAUUGGUGGCGGCCAAAGAUGCCUUUAUUAGGAGGAAGAAGGCCGAGUGGACGGCGGAAACUGACAAGCUCAAGGAGAAGGCGUCCCGCGCGAUCUCUCGCCGAAAGGACCAAAAGGAGAAGUUGGCUUCUACAGAAGCCGCAUUGGGUGCUUCUCAAGAGACCGUGGGGAUCCUGGAGACCGAGAUAGCCCUGAUGAAGGAGAAGGAAGAAGUGGCUGAGAAGGAUCAGGCAAAGGUCAUCGAGCAGCACCAAAAGAAGAUUGAGCAGCAGGCGAAAGAGAUCGAGCGACUGAAGCGUUCUCGGGUCUUCGAGGUGACGCAGGAGAGGAUUCGCGUUCAGACCGAGAUGAUCGCCAAAUGCAACAGGCGUUUCCGCAACAUAAUGGACCGGGAGAAGCGCCGCGGACCUUUUGAUGACGCAAAUGCCAUGUAUAAUCAGGCGUUUGGAACGAGGUCUUGCCUUGAGGUUCUGCUGGAAGCGGGCCGCGACAUCCCGCAGGACACCAUUGACAUGUUUGCGGAUCGGGAAAAAGAGUACGAUCAGGCGGCUAAGGAGCUCAAAGUGGGAGAUAUCCCAGAAAGCGACCUUACUCUCUCUCCGCUCGUGUUACCCUCUCAGUUUGUUGACGAGAGGAUGCUGGCUGGCCUUAACACCUUCGGGUCCAACACCAGCCUGAUCGAUCCGAAUGACGCGGCUGCUCUUUCGGGUUCGAUUGCUGAAGGUUAUGGGCAACGGGAGUUCGGCGAAGAUCCUUCGCGAACGAUGGUAUCGACUGACUAUCCCGCCGGUGCUCUAACUUCCGGCGAUCGACCCCUGGAGAAAGUGCCUUCGGAGAUAGAGCCAAUUUCGGAUGCGGCUAGGGAGGGAUCUCCGAUUCUCCUCGUGUCAGACACUUCCGCUGAGGAUCAGGGAGAUGACCAAGACGAGGAAGAGGCCGAGGAAUCGAGGGAGCAAGUCGAAGAUGGGGAGCGCGGGUCCGGAGAGCAGAGAACUGAGGCGCAAAGGCCCGAGGAGCAGGAACCGGCCGCCGAGGAAGAGGAUCUUGCUAAGGAUUGA